AUGAAGACUACCGUUACUUUUAUAUUUAUUGCUGCUAUUACCACUUUGACAUCUGCACGCCCCACAUUCGACAAAAUUGCCGAAGCUUUGCUGGAAGUUGUUGACCCCAAUCCAUACCCGAGAUAUCCGUCAGGAUCCGCCAACUACCAACAGGGUUACCAUCAACACCAUCAUGAUCAUCAUUAUUAUGGCAAUGGCGCCCAACCAGACGGUUACUAUCAACAGCCUCAUGGGGGCUAUUAUCCCGCCCAAGUCUCAUAUGUGCAAGGACCAGGACCCUAUGCACCCGGACAUUACCCUCAACAGCAUUAUCCACAGGGGCACUAUGCACAUGGAAAUUACGGCGGCAACGGCUAUGUACAUCCUGAACCGGCUUUAUCGGUGGGCAUUACUGCUGGCUAUGAGCCAUCAGGAUAUGCGCGGCAUCACUCAUAUAAACAACAUGGCUAUUAG